UUUCGCCAGCACAUUCCUCAUAAUACGACGGCAGCCUUUGCUUUUUUCCUCUUUCUCAUAGAUCAAAGGGGCUACCCACGUCUUCUUCCUCCCGAUUUCGAGGUUCGCUCUUCCACAGAAGGCUAAAUAAUCACGGCUGCUGAAGGAGCGGAGGGGACGGGCUGCCCACGUACCGUACGGAACCGCCUCCCGACUCCGAAACUCGCGCGAGACUCCAAGGCGCUCUAGCACGCUUCCCUCGCGCUCCUCUUAACUGCACGAGACACGCCAGCCAAAACUUCCGGGUUCAUGCCGUUUUACGUUAGGACGGUGGUUGGUUCAAAACAACGCUUGCGCGCGCGCGCCUCCGCCCACCCCCACGCGCUUUCGCCACAGGCAGCGUCUGACCCUUGUUGUGCUUUGAGGCGAUUAACAAGCGGAUUGUCGUCUUCUCCGUGGAUUCUUAACAUCUCUGUCUUGGUUCCUGUCGCACCCAUUACUGUUUUUACGAUUUUUUUUUUAACAGCUGUCCAUUUAUUCUGCUGUCUGUGCUCUUAAAAUACGCACUCUGAAACUUCAGCGGAACGCGUCCUCAUUUCACCCGGUUUGUUUACCUUCUCCCCCCACCAACCCCGUCAGCUACGAAGAGCGACUUUAGUGACCUCCAAUGUCACGUGACAAGCCCCCCCCUCCCGCUCCGUCGUAGUCGUUCGCGCUUUUAACUUCCAAAAAGCUGCGGGGUUCCCAUGCCUGCGCCUGUUGAAAAGCCAAGCCUAGGAAAUGGGCCUUUGCGAGCAAAUUCAUUUUGCUUUUCUCUUGGGGAAUUCUCCGUGAGGCACAUUCGCCUCUAGCGCAGUGGGCAGAACAAACCGGUUGAGUCUGCAACGGGGAGAUGGGUCUGUUUUCUAUUCAGGCGAAUCUGGAGACAACCUACACGGGGUCCUAAUGGAGCUGGGUCUUGACGUGACCUUUGUAGGCUCGAAAGGCGUGAGCCGGGCAGUAGAAACCGGCGCUGGUUUUGGGAAUAGGCUCUUGAGCACCGGCAAGAUCCCGUUUUGAGAAUUUAUGAGCUGGGUGUGGGGAGCGCACGUGAGGAGGAGGCGGCGGUGGUGGAGGCGGAGCCCGUUGGGACAGCAUGGGGGUGAUAGGUGUGCAGCUGGUGGUUACCAUGGUGAUGACUAGCAUUAUACAGAAGAUCAUACCUCACUACUCUCUUGCCCGGUGGCUUCUUUGCAGUGGAAGUUUGCAGUGGUACCUGCAUCCCACAGAAGAAGAAUUACGUAUUCUUGCAGGAAAACAGCAAAAGGGAAAAAGCAAGAAAGAUAGGAAGUACAAUGGUCACAUUGAAAACAAGCCAUUAACCAUUCCUAAAGACAUUAAUCUUCAUCUGGAAACAAAAUCUAUCACUGAAAUAGAUGCAUUGGCCUUGCAUUAUUUUCCUGAGUAUCAGUGGUUGGUGGACUUCACAGUGGCAGCUACAGUGGUGUAUUUGAUAACUGAAGCUUACUAUACUUGGAUGAAGCCUUCACAAGAAAUGAAUAUCAGCAUAGUCUGGUGUUUUCUUGUUCUCGCUUUUGCAAUCAAAAUAUUGUUUUCAUUAACUACACACUACUUUAAAGUUGAAGAGGGAGGAGAAAGAUCAGUCUGUGUAACCUUUGGCUUCUUUUUCUUUGUCAAAGCUAUGGUAAUUCUGAUUGUAACAGAAAACUAUUUGGAGUUUGGACUUGAAUCAGGUUUUUCCAAUUUUUCAGAAAGUGCAGUGCAAUUUUUUGAAAAACAAGGGUUGGAAUCCCAGGGUCCUGUUUCUAAGCUAACCUUCAAACUGUUCCUGGCUAUCCUCUGUUCACUUAUUGGAGCUUUUUUGACGUUCCCUGGUUUGAGGCUGGCUCAGAUGCAUCUUGAUGCUUUGAGUUUAACAACCGAAAAAAUCACCCAAACUCUGCUACAUAUAAACUUCCUGGCACCUCUGCUUAUGGUAUUAUUAUGGGUAAAGCCAAUUACCAAGGAUUAUAUUAUGAACCCACCAUUAGGAAAAGAAAAUGUGCCUUUAAUGUCAGAAGCUACAUUCGAUACUCUAAGAUUGUGGAUUAUAAUUCUCCUAUGUGCUUUGAGGUUAGCCAUGAUGCGCAGCCAUCUCCAAGCCUAUCUGAAUUUAGCACAGAAAUGUGUGGAUCAAAUGAAAAAAGAAGUUGGAAGAAUAAGUACUGUUGAAUUGCAGAAAAUGGUGGCCAGAGUGUUUUAUUAUCUUUGUAUUAUUGCUCUUCAAUAUGUGGCACCACUGGUUAUGUUGCUGCACAUGACUCUUCUAUUAAAAACUUUAGGUAACUAUUCGUGGGGCAUUUAUCCAGAAUUACCCCCAGAGGACAGUCCACAGAGCAGUUCAGUAAGCUCUGAAUCGUCAUCUGAUGAUAGGAAGAUGAAGGUAACCGUAAUACAGCUAACCAUGGCUCUGGCUAGCCUGAAGAACAUUUUCACUCCACUGUUGUUCAGAGGACUCCUUUCAUUUCUCACUUGGUGGAUUGCUGCUUGUCUUUUUUCCACAAGCCUUUUUGGGCUGUUCUACCAUCAAUACUUGACAGUAGCAUGAUUUUAGAAAGCAACCAUUCAAAGAAGCCUGUGUCCCCAACAGAACAGAAGAAUAUUAGAAGAAAUAACAUAAUAAAGUUUCAUUACUUUAAUACCUCUUCUAUGAUCACAAGCAAUGUAGUGUGUAAUAGAAAAAAACAUGAUUCAUAAUACUAUUGCCCAAAUUUAUAAUCAGAAUUAGGAGAGGGUUACUUUGAAUUUUGUUUAAGUAUCUUUUGUUUUCAUGAGUUCCAUCCUGCCCUGGGAGCAUGAUGUAUUCAGUCAUUGAUUGACUGAUCUUAGUGGUGUUAAAAUAAAAAGAUAAUAUUAAUGGUGACUGCUUAAAGGUGAACUUUUAAUUGAGCCAUAUAAGGAGUCAGAAACUUGGAUGACUUUUCUUUUGAAAAGCAAACUAAUUCCACAGGACAAAUGAAAUACUGUAUAUUACAGUACAGGAAACAUUCUGAAUAGAGUUUGUUGUAAGUGCAUGGAAUACAGAAGAAUUGUCCUGCAGGAGGUGUUUUCAUAUUAGUACUGCAUCACUUGUGUGAAAGUUCAAGAACGUAAGUUUCUCAGAUGUUACAGCAUGUGUCUCUGAGCACCCAUAUAUUUAAAAUGAAUAGUGUAUAUAAUCUUCAGGUAGUAAGCUCAUGAGUUGUUUGAAAGCUUACUACAUGUACUUUUGCUCCUGCACAUUCACAUAUUAAAUUACGUAAAGUGGUAUAAUAUGUUCAUGCAUCUUAUUAUACCACAUAAUAUAAUGUGUCAAGAAAUUCUAAAAAUUCGUAUUAUAAGAGUAAUAUAACUAUAUUGUUUUGGUCUCAAUCAUUUUAAAAAUAAUAAAUGGCCAUAUGAAUCAUUGAAUGUUUAGUAUUGGUGCUAAUAAUUAACUAGAAAUUUAUUUAGCUUUUAUGAUUCCAUAAUUUAACAAAUGCCAUUGUUAUAGCACUAGUCGAUGAUGUUUGACACUAAUCAAUAAUCACUAAUUUUAACAAGUAUAAUUCAAUAAACACUAUUUGAAAACAUCAGCAGUGAAAUGUAUACUGCAAGAUGGGCAAAUUUUGUUAAUUAUAAUGGUAAGGACUAUCCCAGCGCAAAUAGUUUCAAGCUUUGUAAUAAUAAUUGAUUAAACCUGUAUGCCACCUGACUAUCAAUGACUCUGGGUGGCUCACAACAAUAAAAUAAAUUGCAAUAAAAUAAAUAAAAAAUAAAGGUAAAAGAUGGCAAAUAUGAUGAAGUGGAAGCUCUCCCUUGCCAAAGGCGAAGACCCACAUCUUCAUAGUUCCAAACAACAACACAGAGUCGGGCUGUAUAGGUCUGAGGGUGGAGUGUGAGGCUUCAUUCUAGACAGUAGAUCGGACUACAGAGAAAGUACACUUCAGGGAUUCUGAGAUAUGAGAUUAUUUAACAUAGUGUAAGCCGCCCUGAGUCUUCGGAGAAGGGCGGGGUAUAAAUGCAAAUAAAAAAAAAUUUAAUUAAAGGAACCCAAAGCAUGCCAGCAUGCAGGAUCAAAUUGGCUGGGCAGCUGUUGUGAGAGACAGGUGAUCCCUCAAGUAAUCAGGCCCUAUGCCUUAUAUAGCCAAAGGUGACAGCCAACACCUUUGGCUGACAUUUUUUUGUAACUACAUAGAACCAUUGGGUGAAGUCAUCCAUGGGUUUGGAGUUCUGUAUCAUCAAUUUUACACAAUCAUUUCUUUUGAUCAGGGCAGCCAAUGAAUCACAAUAUUUUGUGAAGUGAAAAGCUAUAAUUUCACUUAUAUAAGUUGUCUUUCCAUUCUCUUUGGGGAUAACUAUCCUUCCAUCUGACUAUUGUAAUCAUAAUAUAAAAGAAUAGAUUAGCCAUCUUUAAAAAAACAUUUAAGACCAUAUUCUCUCAGCAGAAAUGAAUGGGUAUAUAUACUAAUGGUAGAUGAGCAGGACAGUUCCAAAUAUUUGUCCAAAUGGUGAAUCAUGACCUAUAAUUCCUUGAUAUAAAGUGAAUCACAUCCAUGGUCCUUUUGUUAUUUCCUACAACCUUAAGUUGAGAUAUAUCCCCUCAAAAAUUAAAAUUAGGUCACAUUAUCUGAAUGGAUACAAAGAGGAGUGCAUGUCUGAAAAAGUAAAAAAAUAUGCAGACAGCUUCGAAAAUUUGAAUGGAAUUCUUUAUCCAAGUACUCAACAUUAAAAGUACUUAUACAAACUACUCAAACUGACUCCUUGCCAAUAUUAUACUUAACAUUUUAUAAGUUUUGUUUCCAAUCUAAUAUAACAGCAGAUUUGACUACCAUUUCAAAAUUAAGUCUUAAAUGUUCCUAAUUUGUGCCCAAUCAGACUAAUAUAUUAUCAAUACUGUUGGUUAGGUUUAAGCAUUGUCAACACGCUUAUUUUCCUAUUGCUCUUUAUAUGAGAAAAACUAUAUAUACACUUGAGGUUGAUGGCCAGCUUUGCAGAAACCUUUUAACACUCCAGAUUUGUAGAGUGCUCAGAAAAGUAGCAUAUAAUUUUUAAAAACAAUUGCCAGAAUACAAAUUUUAAAUUUUGAAGUUUGUGCUCCUUUCCAAACAUUAAAGUUUUUUUUAACCAAAAUUAAGUGCAGUUCAUUUGAUUGAUAGUAGAUUGAACUGUGGAUAGAUUUCAUGGACUUCUGAAGGAUACACUUUUAAAAAACCCUGAAUCUUCAGACAUGCAUGAUUGGGGCUUUCCUGUCUCUCUUCCCAAUCAAAUUUUCAUCUACCCUUUCUGAAAAGUUGGUGUUGUAGAUUGGUAUAUUCAAAUGGUAAAGAACUGCAGCAAGAGGGAGAAAGUGGUAGAAAUAAUGCAUAUAUAAUUUUGUAACUGCAUUUGCUAUUUAACAAUUUUCUGUCUGAACUAUUUUUGUCUCAAAAUGACAGUAUUUUGUGACAUUUCUGCACAUCACUGUUUAUUCUUCUGUAAGAAACAAAACAUUGUUAUUGCAAUGGUAAUUUGAUUUGGUACUUUGAGAUUUUUUAACACACCCUUUACUUAAGUGUGUUUAUAUUCUUUUGUUGAUUUCUUAAUUAUCAAAUUACUUUUGUACAAGAAUUUUCUUACAUAUUUGGUGGAAAAGGCAUACAUACAUAGCUUAAUCUAUUAAAAGGAAUAUCAAGACUUUCUUCUAAAAGAAGUAUACAUGAGCUGGAAGCAUAAAACAUGGAGAAAUGGCAAAUGAAAGAAAGUUUAAUGUUGAAAAAAGCCUUGUGGAAAAUAGGUUGUAACCAGUGACUGAAAACCAUUAUUACCUGGACAAAUGGAUUAAAUUAUGUGAGAACAAGAAAGAAAAAUAUAAUCCAUACUGAAACUUAAGUAUUCAUGGAAUGCUACAUAGCAAUCAUUCUGGAUUGCCACAUACAAUAUUUCUUGUGCAAAUUUUAUUUUUAAAAUAUUGGUUAAUUGCAACCUAUAUUUAAUGAAAUUAGGUUGUAACUCCUUUGAUAUCUAUCAACAGCAAAUACAGCUGUUUCCUAAGUUUGAAAUAAAAGUGUUUGUUACAACAUUUUUCAUAAUUAUUUUUUUUUUUGUAAAAUUGCAUUAUAGUAAAUUCACAAUGCCUUAAAGUACUGAAAUGUUUCUGAAGAAUUAUACCAUCCUUUGGUGAUGAAUUUUAAUGACUCUCUUACAUGGGAACAUUGCAGCAACUAUUGCUUUCCAGUUUAAAUAUCUUGUUUUAAUCUUGUUCUAGUGUAAGAAAAUAUAUGGCAUUUGAAUAUGUUAAAUAUUUUAUCAAAAUAUUUUCCAUUUCUGUGAUUUAUGAUAAAUUGCUUCUUGACUAAAUGUGGGUCAAACACUCAGUUGGGUUUUAGAAAAGCUAGUUGCAGUUGAUAGGAAAUAUUUUUGUGCUAAGUAUUGGGAAAUAAUUUUAUAAAGUAUAUUCAUAAGGAUGAACAAUCUAUAAAUACAGCUUUAAUUGGAACAAUAUGUUAACACAGAAUAACAUUCUACAGAACCAUGUCAUUCUCCAAUUGAUAUUUUUCUACUUUUUAAAUAUUCUACCACACUGGUAAGAUAUUGGUAUAAAUUAUUUGUUUAAAUAGAUUGAAAGUAUCUUUUAAAAUAGAUGACAUGAAAUAAAAGAAUUUUGAAAUCAAAAGAAAUAAUCCUACUUAUAUUGAUCAUUCUAUUAAGAACAGUGCUAAGCUAUUCAAUUGAGAGAAAGUUUCAGACCCCCCUUCCCCCCCCCACCGCAGUUGGCCCUGAAACUCGCCAAAUAACAAUAUAUGGAGAAAGAUAGACUCCCCAAUCUACCUCAUAGGGUUGUGGCUAUAAAAUGAAAGGAGAUCCCCCCCCCUUUUCCCAUUACAUUGCUUUGAAGGGAGACCCUGUCUCUCCACAUUACAUUGCUUUGAGUUCCUUAAAAAAAAGCCACACAUAUAAUCAUCAGUUGAUUAUGGGCCAUCAAGUCAGUGUCAGCUCUUAGUCAUCAUGUAAAUAGAUUUUCUUGGAAGCAUGCACUAAAAUACAGUCAAUAAAGUGGCAUUACUUAGAUAUGACAAAAAUUAUCUAUUAAAAGAGUAUAGCUAAUGUUGGAAUUUGAAGAAGCAAUAUAAAAAUAUUUAAGCUUUUCAAUUUUGGUGUUGGACAGACUUCUGAGAAAACCAUGGAUAGUAAGAAAAUAAACAUGGAUCAUUAAACAAAACAACUCUUCUUACUUCAGGUAUAGCUGAGCUAGCUCAAAUUAUCCUUUGGACAUAUGAUGUGAAGACACAGUAGUUUUCUAGAGAACGCUCUAGUGCUGGAAGAGAAGAAAAAUAAUUAGCGGCAAGUGGGGUAAACAAAGUUAUAGUGGCAGAUCUGAAAGACCAAGUUAGGGACAGUUCAUCAUGGAGAAAAUCUCUCUGUCUAAGAGUUGACAUCAACUUGAUGGUACAUAAUUAGUAGCUAUUGGUGUAGAUAUCUGCUGAAAAGGAACUUAACAGGAAUAUAUUGCCAAAAAUUUUUUAAUUUUAUUUUAUUCAAGAUGAUAGUGGGAAGAUAAAUCUAGUAGAAAAGAUAAAACACAUUGCACAGUGUAAAAUUAUAUUUUCUAUUUCUAUUAUAUGAGAUAGUCUAGAUUCCUUUGUGUAUUUGUGAUAAAAGUGUAAGAUGAAUUUAACUCUGAAAUUAAUUUAAAGCAUUUUUAUUCCUUCAUAUUGUUUCAAAUAAAUUCAUAGGAUAUUAAGUUCUGUGGCAGGAUCAUCUCAAGAUUUUCACUGUAAAGUAAAAUUACUUGUUGAGAAAGGUGGAUAUGAUUUUCCAUUUCACUCCAUUGCAAUUCUGGCAAACAUUUGGAAACAUGUUUGCCUGGUAAUAUUAUUUCAGUACCUGCACUUUAUGCCAUAAAAUGCAUAAGGAAAAUAUUGAUCACAGAUACACAUUUGACCCUUUUUCUGCAUAAAAAGCCUCAUAGAGGGUUAAUCUUGAAGAGGGUAUGUAGCACUAGUUAAGAUAAAAUAAGAGGCAAUUCAGUUCUGAGAAAGUAAAAGGUAUGAGAAAGAAUCUCAGAAUCCCCCUGCUUUGAUUUUUGUUGUAGGAUAUAAUAAAAUAGCAUUCCUGUAAUCUUUUAUUGUCUCUUUGCUUACUUGGAGUAUCAUGAAAGGUGAACAUCCAAGUUGAAGUAGCUUUGUUUUUUAAGUAGGUCCAUUGUAAAUUUCACAUUAUCAUCACUUUGGAUCAACUUAGUUCUUUCUACAAAACCAGUGGUAGAAUUUUAAGCCAAGUUUACACAAGACUACUACUUCCCUGUUUAAUUCAGCUUUAGCUCUUGUUGUUUGAGUUCUUUGACCAUUAUUCCAUUGCUGUUUCUGAAGUUAUUCAAAGCUGAUACAGGUUUUGCAGCAUUAAUUAACAAUGCUAAACCUACAAUCACUGCUGAUUAAAAAAUUGAAGGAAGUUUAUUAAAUUAAUAUUAGCUGUUCCUAUUAGACUUGAUCUCAGCCAAAAGGCCCAGAAACUGUUUUUACAUUCUUUGAUUUCAGGAGUAUGUCCUGUCUGUUUAAACCAAGAAGUUGCUUUAAAGAAUGUGAAAUUUAUUUUUAUCUUAAAAUGAAGUUCUUAUAAUAGAAAACUUUAUUUCAUGUUUAUUUGACACAGAAUGUUUAAUAGUUGAUUGCAAUCAACUUUUUUUGGGAGAUGCACUUGCAAUGUUUGAGCACUAAUUUGCAUGGUUCGGACUUGUCUGUAUAUUGUGGGCUGAAAUACACAUAACUGUUAACAAGAUUUGAAGCCAAUUGUUAUAGAUAAGGAUGCAUAUGUUUUGUCUUAUUACACCUUUAAUAUUUAUAACGCAUCAAGUAUUGCGGACUUUUUCCACACCGGGGGGGGGGGGAUGCACAAGUAUUUCCUUUACAACAAGGGAAAACUACUACUAUUUUACAAUAGACUACUGAUGUAUGUGGUCUUUACAUUUGAAUUGCAGGGUACGUGUUUGUUCCUAACAAGUGAGCAUCACAGAGGGCUUUCUUGCUCUCUCUUUUUAAAGCAAUCUAGUCAAAUGCCUUGGAGAUGCUUGUCUGUGUGAUCAUUUUCCAUUUUUUUCUUUUUCCUGUAUUCUUUAAAAAACACUCUUAUUUUAUUCUGUCAUGUAUGCAAUUUUCUCUUGUUCAUGGGUUUGAUGUGAUAAAAAUAAAUUAUAAAAAAGAAAUAAGUGGGCUGUCUUUUCACUAUUUAUUAAUCAGCUAGUCUAGAUGAUACAACCUAACUGGCCUUGGCUAAUACUGAAAAGCUAAGCAGAAUUGAAUCUCGGUUGUACUUAGAUGGGAGACACCAGGAAACCUUGUUCUGUAAGGUAGAUUGAAAAGGACAUUUGACAUUACCAUAGUAUGCUCUUAUUUUUGAUUCAUAUUAGCACUCUGUGUGUACAAUAUCUUAUAUCUAAAUACAAAUAUGCCACAGAUUAGCUCAGGCUGAGCAAACAAUAGCAAUCGCACUUAGACUUAAUAUACCACUUCACAGAGCUUUUACAGCCAUCUCUAAGCAGUUUACAGAGUCAGCAUAUUGCCCCCAACAAUCUGGGUCCUCAUUUUACCGCCCUCAGAAGGAUGGAAGGCUGAGUCAACCUUGAACCUGGUUAGUUAGAACAAUUAAUAAGUGGAACGACUUGCCUGCAGAAGUUGUGAAUGCUCGAACACUGGAAUUUUUAAGAAAAUGUUGGAUAACCAUCUGACUGAGAUGGUGAAGGGUUUCCUGCCUGGGCAGGGGGUUGGACUAGAAGGCCUCCAAGGUCCCUUCCAACUCUGUUGUUAUAUUAAAUGCUCAUGAGAUUCGAUCUGCCAAAUAGCCGGCUGUCAGCAGAAGUAGCCUGCAGUACUGUAUUCUAACCACUGUGCCACUGCGGCUUAAAAAACAAAUUGAUUUAAACUAGAUGAUGAUUUCAACUGCAAUUUUAAAUUUUAGUGUGUAUAAAGGCUAUUUUGAUCUGCAGAAGUCUUUGUAUUCAGUGGAUUAUUUCUGGUGCUUGAGUGUAGUGGAGAUUUUGUUGAUUUUACCUUUCUUAUGCAUUUCACUGUCUCACUCCACAGCUGAAUUGCUUUGGAAAAUUAAUUGAUUAUGCAACAGUGGGGGAGGUGGAUGAUGAGAAUUGUAAUAAAUAUAAGAGAAGUUGAAUCAUUCUUCUAUUACUGACAUUAAAAAUAUUACAGACACAACUCUAUUCAGACUGUUUCUGCUGGUGGAAUCAAAUCCUAGAAAUAGGUGUAGCUGCUGAAAUCAAGGCAUUUCUAUUCUAAUGCUUCUGUGAAGUGCAGCUCAGCUCUUGGUGGUUUCAUGGACACAUCUAUAUAGUUUUAAAACAGUAGCAUAGAAGUGAUUUGCCAUUGACACUUUCUGGGAGACAUCUGUUCUUAUUUCGCAGUCUAGCCUACAAUCCUUUCAUUUCCUGAAGUUCUCUCAUCCAAAUACAGACCAGAACCAAAAUUAGCCAAGGGCAGUUUUAAAAUAUUUAGCAGUUAUUUAUGUCAACUUUCUUAUUUUCAAUCUAGGAUCUCAAAAAUCUAUACUAAACAGAUAAUUCCAGUAAAAGUGAGCUAUUAAAAAACCAAGCACUUCCUCUGCCUAUGAAUGGGGCAAUUUAUAAACUUUGAUAUACAGUCAUGGCCAAAAUUGUUGGCACCCCCGAAAUUUUUCAUUUCAUUUGAAUGUCCUUGUUCAUUCAAUUGGGACUAAAUGAAGAAAGCAUUUAGACAAUAUGUUUUUUUUGGGUAAUGAAUGUUGCGUAAAUUUGGUUCUCGACUCAUUGCUUGCCGCAAUGUAUGUAAUACUCAUUUUGCAUAAUGAGUGACAAAUAUUCAGACACAAAGUAGGUGAUAUGUUGAAAUCAAUAAUGAUAAAAAAUGGGAGAUAAAGUAUUUCUUCCUUUUAUAUUUUUAUGACAAAAGUAACCCUAUUGCUGUGUGUUAAGCCAGGAAGAAAAACUAUAUAUUAAUCUACAGUAUAUUUUUGCAUGACAGGCAGCACUUUACUAAUAACGGUAGGAAGGCUAAAAGGUAGUUGUAGUAGCACUUAUAAGCUUUUCUACUCUGCAAGUGUUACAGAAAUUACAUAACCAUCAUUAUAUAAUACCAGUGUAGUAAACAGUGUUCCAUGAGAAUUCAAUGUUGUAUUCUAGAAGAAACUAGAUACUUCAAUCUUUACUAACAUUGGUUAUUGGUAAAGCACCAGCCAUAAUGGAUGUAUAUAACUUUUUAUACCUGCUGUGUACAGAAGCAAUUGUAUAGUGUACAGAAACUUGUGCAAAAAAGACUCCUGUUGUUGCAAAGCCAUAUCAAUUGUGUUAAUUUUUGCUAGGCAAUAGAAGAUACUUCAUGCUGUUAUUUUGUGUGUUCUGUAAGUUGGUUCUGUAGUUGAAGUUUAUAUAACAGAAAACAUGAAAGCAAUGUAAGCAAACACCAAAAUGUGCUUGUGUAAAUUUAUACUUUCAGAUUGCAAGUAUUUACCUAUUGUGCAUUUCUGGCUAGAGACUAGUUAUUUAGAUAAUUCUACUUGAUAUGUGCAUUUGUACAUUACAUAUUGUUAAGAAAAUACUGUUAAUUUUUUUUGAAGUAUUUCUAAAAAUGAUAUCAAAAGCUACCUGGCCGUCAAUAAAAAUCAAAUUAUUUCCUUAAAUUAUGCAGUUCCUUUCUAUGACAAGUUUACUCCAAAUAAUUCUCUGCCAGAUAAUCUGUACAAGAUAAUCUCUACUUACUGGUUUUGUUUGGUAAUUAGGGUGAUUUAUAUUGAUAUAUUGAUCAUCAAUUGUGUUGUAAAUGUACCUUGAUGAACGUAUCUUUUCUUUUAUGUACACUGAGAGCAUAUGCACCAAGACAAAUUCCUUGUGUGUCCAAUCACACUUGGCCAAUAAAAUUCUAUUCUAAAAUUCUAUUCUAGUGCUGGAGUUAAAUUAAGAGCAAAGUGUGAGCUGGUGAUAGCAGAAGACAAUAGGAAUUCUAAAUAUAAUGAUAUAAAUACAAUUGGGAAGUAUUAUCCUAAAAAAAAGUUGGAGAGAAAAUGUAACUUUGCAUCUAUUAACUUUGUGAGGUCACUAUUAUAACCAAAUUAAGUUUUCUUUUAGUAAAAGAAUGUUCCUAUCAAAGGGUCCAGGAAGUAAUAAACAAGGUAGACAUAUCUGACCUCCUGAAUUUUGUUUUAGUCUUUGUUAAACAGGUUUUUAUGAAUAAUGUAUUAAAACUUGUAACCUGAAAGUUCUACAUGAGUAACUUCUUUCCAUUGAAAGGUCUCUGUAGUUUUAAUAUACUUAUAUUCAAUUGUGGAAGAGCAGUUAUUUUACUGUCCAAGCAGGCUAAAGCUGCUUUUACAAUUGCAUAAAAGUUGCAUAAAAAAGCUAGUAAUUAGCUAUCAGAAACCACAUUAUUGAAUUUUUAGCAUGUCAUGGAAAUUGUUGGAUUAAUUAAGAUGAACAUUCCUGACUGCAAAAAUAAGCUCUUUGUUUCUUCUGCAAAGGCAUCAUGAAAGACACUGUUUUGUUGGGAAAAGACAAAUAGAAUAACGAUAAGAGCAUUGCCAUUAACCUUGGUACUGUUUGUCUACUAUUUCAUUUUAUGAUAAAAUUCUCAAUGUUUGGCAGGUUGAGGUGUUUGGCCAUUUGUAUGGGAUUUCAGAUUGGAAAUUUGAUAAUUAUGUCAGACAUAUUUCAACUUAAUGUUGUGAUUAAAGGUCCAAUGGCAACUUAGCUGAAUUUGAAUCAUUUAAAGAUUCAAUCAAAAAAAUAAAUUAUAAUGGGGAACAUUCAAAACAAUGAAGGUGCUUCACUGACAAUGAAGAAUAGAGCAGGAGUGGUAAAGGUCAUUAACUUGGCCAAUUUGGAUGGCUUUACUGCAAUAGUAUCUUUGAAUCUGUUUUAGGCAUGGCAUGAAUGAAUAGUGAAUAGAGCAGAACAGAACAGAAUAGAAUAGAGUUCUUUAUUGGCCAAGUGUGAUUGGACACACAAGGAAUUUGUCUUUGGUGUAUAUGCUCAGUGUACAUAAGGAGAAUAAAAUACAUUAAUCAAGAAUAAAAAGAUACAACACUUAGUGGACAACGUAACAGUUUUCAAAUUCUCCAGCAAGGAAGUUUUAGAAAAGUUGGCUGAACCAAUGAAAACAUAUUUUACAACAAUUUAAAAAUAGAACUUUCAAAACCUUUGCAAACAGUUAACUCUUUUCUUACUUUUCCAGUGCUCAGCCUGGCAUGCAGUGCACAAUGAAGACUGCCAUGUUGUAAAAGGGUUGCUUGCCAUCUAUUGCCUCUGAUCACUGGAGUCCACCUUCUCUGUGUCUCAAACAAUCAGCACUUUUGGCCUGUCAAAAUCCCAGCGCUCGGGCUGGAUGCAUCAUGUGCUAGCCAAGCCAUGCCCAGUUUAGCGAAGGGGGAAACAGUCCCGCUAUGUCACGUGAUGCUGCCAUGACCCUGUGAGUUUGACACCCCUGCUGUACAGCAUAAAAGAAAUACACACAUGAGUUCAAGAAGCAUUACAGAGGCAAUGACAGGGUGUGACUACACGUUGCCAUUCGGUUGUCUUAUUAUUAACACUUCCUGAGGCAAAUGUGUAAUUUUCCUUAGCUUGUGCAACUACUUUUCAAACCCAGGAAAAGGUGUUGUUUCUUUAAAAUACAGAUAAGGCACCUGUACUGGAUCUAAAGCUCCUUUGUCCAUUUUUUAUUCUGAUAUUGUACAGCUCUAGUAAAGGGGGUCAGACUCAUGCCUGUCCACCAGCAUCACUGAAUUUGAUUUGAGGGAAAUGGUGGCAAAAGAAAGAUGAAGUUUGAAAAUGGCUUAGAUCUAGCUAGAAACUAUAAUAUGUACUUUUUAAAAAUGCUUCCAGGUAGUUGGGAGAUGGGCGGCUGGGUGGUUACUAGCUCUUCCUCCAUCUUUUCUCGUUUUUACUUGACCCACAGCAAAGCUAUUAUUAAGUAUUGGAAGGGGGGGUGUUAAGAAAAACAACUGUUUAUGCUUUCACUGGCUCCUCCUAAUUCAAAAUGCUGGGAACUUGCAACUACUGAUUUCCAAUAGCAUUUUCAGAAGAGAUUAGGAUUAAUUUUGAUUAUUUCCCUGUAAUCACCUGUGAGCAUGAGGAUAGGGACUUCUUCACUUGCUAUGCACAUCUUAAGUUAAUUAUUCCUAAUCGCUGGUAACAAUUGCAUGUAGUGUCCCAGAAAAUAAUAAGAAAGGACAAUCUGGAGAGUCCCUGACUGGAAGGUAGAUUUGUUACUUCUUCAGAUCAAAUGCCAAUCCCUCUACGUACUACUUCCCCCCAGUUUGAUAUUGAGAAAAAAGUUCAAGAUUUAUUCAUUUACGUUUUUAUACACGUACAUAUUUAUACAUGUACAUCUACAGUUUCUUCCUCAAUGCCAUCACUCUGCUAAACAACUAAUUCCCACAACACUGUCAAAUUAACUACUAAGACUUUAUUACUAUUCUUCUUCUCAUCCUUACUACUACCUAUCUCUUCCCACUUAUGGCUAUUAUAUUCCCACAUGUUGCUUGUAUCUUUACAAUUCAUGCUUUUAUUGUUUCCUAGUAUGAUUUGAUUGCUUAUUAGUAUGCUAUGACUAUCUCUAAGUGUUGUGUCUUAUGAUUCUUGAGGAAUAUAUUUUAUUUUUUCUUUAUGUACACUGAGAGCAUGUGCAUCAAAGACAAAUUCCUUGUGUGUCCAAUCACACUUGGCCAAUAAAAGAAUUCUAUUCUAUUUUCUGUUAUAGGGAGUGGUUGAACAUGGUGGGCUGUUUUGAUCCUGGUCACUUCAGAAGGAUCUUGCAUAUAGAACAGGGAUGAAGCAAGAGCUAGCUUACCCUUUGCAACAGAUAGCAAUAGACUCUCUCUGGUAGGAGAGAUUAAUAUGUUCUAGGAACACGAUAACAGCAAGAUUUCUAGAUAAUUUUCUGGGGCAACCUUUCUCAAUUUAGUGCCUUCCAGUUAUUUUUCGAAAUUCUGGGACUAGUAGGAAUGGUAUCGUCCCACCUCAAAUAAUGUCUUGCUUUUUUUAUUUGAAUAUAUCCAAUGAGUUUUAGUGUGCAAAAGAAAUCCAAAAUAGGUUGUAAAAAUAAAAUUGAAAGAACAAUAAUAAGAGCAACAAAAAUAAAUUUAACAGAAUUUUUAAAAAUGGAAUAAUAAAAAAAUCACUGAUUAACCAGGGUUGGGAGGGGAGAUAAUUCAUUGAGGAUAAAAAUCAGGAGAAUGACAUCAGGUAGGUUGGCAGAGGUGGGCAUUACGUCUAUACUGACCAGCUAUCAUGAUUCACAGAGUAGGGGCACUGCCUUUGCCUGUUCACAGAACACACAGGAGGAACAUGGACAAGCACAGCAGUUAAUUGAGAGAGAAGAUAUUUCUGCAUAAUGAGACUGUGCCCUGGAGCUGUUAAGGAAAAUCCAGACAAUGCUGCUUAACUUAGUCAUUCCAUCUACUACUGAUGCCUAAAGCUAACUGCAGUUGAGACUAUUGUAUAUUUUGUACCAACUAUUUAUAGGAUCCUGUGGAUUUUCUCUCACUACCAAAUGCAUGAGAUCCCAAAGGGGUUAUUAAACAGGUAAGCAUACUGCAACUUGUAUGCCAAGGCAGAACUAUGGAAAUGUUGCCUCUCAACAAAGCAAACUUUUGAAUAGAUUUAAUAAUCAGGAACGGGAAGCUUCCGUUGCAGUAUUUCCAAAUUUAAGCAUUUAGUAUAUCUUUGAUGCCAUAAAUAUAAUAUUUAUUGGAAUUCCAUUGCAAAAAAUGUUGAAGAAAUUAAGAAUAUUUAAACAUGCAUUAAUGCUUGGUGAAGAUGUUCCCUAGAGAUUUGAAUUUGCAUAUACCUUCAAGUCGCCCACUUACUCUGCAGCUACUUCACCUUGUUUAUUUGUGCUAGGCUGACCUACUUUAUCUGAUCCUUUUCUCCUGCAAUCAUAAAAAGCAUUGAAAGAAAAGGAGAACUUUUCCUUACUGAUCGUAGUGAUCUGUUGUUACUGAAACAUCUUCUCUGUGAACCGGUCUUAUGGGCCACCUUUAUGGUAACCAUGAUUGGUCUUUGUAAAAUUUUGUAGCACAGGAAAGGAAAACCCAUUCUAAUUCUCAAAAAACACAAAAAUGAGGUCUUAAAAUUUUUCAAUAAAUGAAUUGUCUUACCUUUUAAUUACACAAAUUAAUAAUGUCCAUUAAUGUCAGUUUAAGGCAUGAGAGAUUGCUUUAAUUCUAGAAAUCUCUGGAAAAUAUUUUGAAGAAAUCUGAAGUUUAAGUCAAACAGUCAACAGGUUGGAUCCAUUUCUGUAUAGUUAAAGACUAAACUGUUUGGUCUAUUUUUUGGUCUCCAUCUGUUCUUUGAAAGAUCAUUACAGACGCUGAUGAAAAGCAUAGCUUCGGGGAAAAAUUAAGCAGUGCUUUUAUUUCUCUUACUACCAUGAGGAGAUAGUCAAUGAAAUUAAGCAACAAAGUAGAUAAAACAAUUUCUCCGCAUGGAACAACAUUGAAUUAAUAAUUUACAUGUGAUUUAAAUUACUUUAAACAGGUAUUGGAAAAAUCCAUAGAAUUUGAAACAUAGCUUCAAGAUAAAUGCAGCUUAUAUAUUAAGAAUCAAAACAGUUCUACUAUUUUGUGCCAUUAAUUUGAUCUGGAUUUUUAGUGACCACAGAUAUAUUUUUUCCUUGACAUAACCUAGUCUUCCAAUGAUUGGUAGAUAUUAUCAUAUUCGAUAACUUGAGCUCAAAACUGGAAGUCAUCUCUGGUGAUAAUUUUGAUUGGCAGUCAACUAAAUACAUUCAAUUUGACUUAAAGAUUUUGAGGAAAUAACAGUCUUUAUCAAAUAAAAGGAAUCCUUGUAGUCCAUUUUCUCCAUAUUUUAUAAAAUACCUACAUUUAAUUCUUCACAUAAUCACACCAUCUGCUGCACACUUCAGCCAGCGAUGGACAAAUUUCUUAAAUGGUUGAAUAUGCAGUCAAAGGCAGACCCCAAAAACUGGAGCACAAAGGGAGAAGCAGAGGCCAGUGUGGAGACCCAAUUUCACAAGAAAGUACAACAAAGGCAAAAGUUAAUGCCAUUUAAAAUUUAGUGUUUUUACAUCUAUGAAUAGAAUAUGGGAAAUAAAUGAGGAAAAUGAGAAAUCUUGACCUAGAAAGAGAAGUGCAUAGAUAUUUAGAUAAAUAGAUACUAGAUAUAUGUGUGUGUGUGUAUGUGUAUGUAUAUAGAUAUAUAAUAUUCUACAAUAUAUAAUUAUAAAUUUUAUAUGUAAUUAUAAUUUAGCUCUAUGAAAUGGGUGGUAAAUAAAUUCAAUAAAUAAAUAAUAAAUAUUUUAGAUAUUACUGUAAGUUCAUAUUGGCAAUUGACACAUACUGUAGCACUGUAAAAGGCUUAUUCAAAUUGUUGCUGCUGGAAAGAUUUGGGUAAGAAUUAAAAAGGGAAAUAAAACAUUACUGUUGUUAGACUUUAUUACAGACUACCUGGGUGUGUGAAAGAUGGAGAUGAGCUCUUUCAAGCAUCAGAUGACUUAUCUUUCAAAGAACCAUGUAAUGCAUAAUUUCAAUUAUCUUAACAUCUUCUGGGAAUCUAGCUCAGACAAGAGACAGAGAUAUAAGAAAUUCUUGUCCUUUUUGCUGAUAAAAGCAAAACCAGGAGCUCUGCUGUUGAAACCUAAUCCUUACAAAGAAUGAGGAAUUGCUUGAAGAAGUAAGGAUGACUGGUACCCUGGAUGUCCUUGAGUUUAUGGUGUCCAGAGGGGAAGAAUUGGGAAAAGUCAAACCUAUAUAUUAGACUUAGAAAAGUGGGCUUUGAUUAACUCUGAUGAAAGAUAAAUCAGAUUAAAUGGUUUGAAAAACUAAGAAUAAAAAUUUUCAAGAUGGAUGAGGAAGUGUAUGAAAGGAGCUACUGGAGUCUCCUACCUCAUGUAGGAAGGGUUCUUCCUUCUUACAAGUAGGAAACAAACUACAGAGACUAAGGAGGCCAGUGUGAAUAUACACAAAAGAUCUCUAAGAUGCUAAACAGAAAAAAAAGGCAUAUACAGGUAAUUCUUAGUUAAGGACCCCUUAUCCAGAAACCAUUCAAAAUUACAACUGUGUAAACAAGUUGUACCUACGGUCUAGUCCUUGAAGAUUGGUUCUCUCAGCACCCCCAUGGUCAAAUGAUUGCAAUCUGGGUGUUUGUUUAUUCAGUCAAUGAACUUUCCACAUCCAGCAGCAGUGGCUUGACCUGUGUGCCAGCCUAUUUAUGAGCUAUCUGAGACCUGGAAUUUCCUGCUGGUUUCCCCACUGACUUUGCUUCUGGCAAGAAGUUGCAAGGCUUAAUGACCAGUGAUCCUCGCUUCAAGACAGCAAUAGGAACUGCAGGGAUUGUCAUUGCUAAGUAAUGCAACAACAUGAUGUGCUUUAGAACUGUAUCAGUUAGCAACAAAAAUUCUGCUUCGUUUUACUAUUGUUAACUGAGGAAUAUCUGUAUCUGAAAUAGAAGGAGGGACACAUUACUAAAGAAUACAAAGUACUGUAAUCUUCAGAAACUGUAGGAACUGGGAUAGGCUAAAUGUCAGAAGGACAUUAUGUUGUUUAUUUGCAUUAGAAAAAAAGGAUAGCAAAGAGGAUCCAUUGUGUAGAGCAUGGGUGUCAAACUCGCGGUGUCAUGUUGCUGUCACGUGACGUUUUUCCCAUUCGCAGAGCUGGGGUGGGCGUGGCCUGCAUGUGAUGCAUCCGGCUCACAGUCCACCAGUUUGACCCCCCUGGUGUAGAGAAAGGGAUACAUUGAUGGUGAUGAGAGGCAGAAAUUUUCUAUUUUGUCCAUCUUCUCUUAAAAGGUAAAUAGGAUUCCUAUUAGUUAACACAUCAGUGAAGUGAAGUGGGAAUUGCAGCAUAGGUAUAGGUAACUAAGUUAAUUUAGAUGAAUUCAAGUUUGCAAGACUAGAUGUAUUACAUCCUAGGUUACAGAAAGGAACUUAGUGAGGUCAUUGUAGAAUAGCUUCUUAAAAAACUUUGAGAAUCCUAGAGAUCUGAUGAAGUCCUGAAAUACCAGAGGAACCAAUAUCAUGCCUAUAUUCAAAAGAUAAAGAAGGAGGGGCCCAAGAAAUUACAACCCAUCUUGAUUACUAUACUCUGUAAGGAUCUCUAACAGAUUAUUUAAUAGCAUAUUUGUGAGCAGGUGCAUAGGCAUGCUACAAUUAAAAAAAUCUGGCAUGGACUUGUCAUAAAUUGUAUCAGAUUACCUGUAUCACUUUUGACAGACUUCUAGCUUAAUGGUUAGAGAAUGCAUAAAUGUAUAAUACCUGAACCAUGGAAAAAAAUUCAAUAGACUUCAGUACUCCCAUGUGACACCACUAUUUUAUGAACAGCAUUGGUUGCCACUUUACUUCCAGGGGUAAUAUAAGUGGUGUAAAGGCUUUCACUAGCCAAUUCCAUUAUCCCUAUAUAUGAUGGUCCUAGACAUACUGUUCUGACCUCACAUAUUUUUAAUCUAAUAUAAUAUAACAACAGAGUUGGAAGGGACCUUGGAGGCCUUCUAGUCCAACCCCCUGCCCAGGCAGGAAACCCUACACCAUCUCAGUCAGAUGGUCAUCCAACAUUUUCUUAAAAAUUUCCAGUGUUGGAGCAUUCACAACUUCUGCAGGCAAGUCGUUCCACUUAUUAAUUGUUCUAACUGUCAGGAAAUUUCUCCUUAGUUCUAAGUUGCUUCUUUCCUUGAUCAGUUUCCACCCAUUGCUUCUUGUUCUACCUUCAGGUGCUUUGGAGAACAGCCCGACUCCCUCUUCCUUGUGGCAACCCCUGAGAUAUUGGAACAUAUUUUGAAUUAUGGUAUUGUGGUUAGUGACUAACUAAAUUUUGAAAGGCUAGAUAUACUUGUGACCAAAUCAGAUACAUACAACAUCACACUUGUACCCUUUGGUCAUUAUUUUUAUUCACAUUUUUAAAUAACACAUUUUACUACUACCAAUAACCAGGUAAUUUGUUCUCAGAUUGAAAACUAUAGUUUUUAAGAUUUACUGAAAAGGAAAAGCAGAAAAAAUUAAGAAGUGGUAUGACUGUGAAAUACAUGUAUAUAUCAAAUAUUUCCAAAAUCCACAAUUGAUCCAGCAUCAGUAGCAGCAAUCUGGACUUGUAGACAUAGUUCCAGACUUUAAAAUUCAAUAAGAAGCCUUCACUAUAAGAAUUCUGAAACUAGAACUAACUGCCUUGUCAGGUACCUUCAGGCUAAAAUUUAUUGUGCUCUCCCUAAUUUUCUGCACCUUGCAAUUUCCCCUAUGCUGUUUACUUACAACUAAAUAUGACCUUAAUGUGGCCUCUUUCAGGGAAAGUUGGCUGAGAAUGAUUUUUGAGUAUAGUUCACAUAAAACAAUGACUAAGAGAAAGAUAUAUCUAAUUUAUUAAUAUUUAUAUGUUGGCCUUCAAAAUAGGUAAAACUUCAAUCCCGAAAGAAAGCAUUUCCUUCAAGAUGUUGCUUCUUAAUCCUUUCAAUAUUACGCAGAGUGCAUACUUUAAUGGCAUGAGGGCUACUUACGGUAAUAGUUAGAUAGUGGAUUUUUCUUUUUAUAUCACCUGUUUCUAUUUUGUGAAUUGAUCUUACGUAAAUUUAGUUGUAUUUUUUUAAAAAAUUAGGGCUCAGAAUUUUGGUCUGACCAACAUAGAAUGUAGACUUAUGAAAAAUUAUUUUUAUUUAUGUAGGCUAAAACUGCUUCUGUCAUUUUAAUAAAUAUCAAAUAUUCCAACCUUUAAGUUACACAGAAUUAUUUUAAGUUUUAAUUCUAAACCUAUAAUGUUAUAUUAUUAUCUUUUGGAAGAUCUUUGUCAUUGUCUCCUAUUUGUCAAGUCUCAGUGAUGUUCCUUACCUCAAAAUCCAAUCAUCCCAUAAAUUUGGAUAUUUGUAUAAUAUCCAAAUAUAAUACAUUUAUUUGGAUAACUCUGCAUGUGUAAAUAUUGAUCAGCAUAUAUGAAAACAAGUUACAGAAAUAAUAUGUUGAUGCUCAUCCAUCAUCUCAUUUUGGAAGCAUUAGUAUGUUCUAAAAAUAUUACCCAAAUGUGUCUCUGUUAUUCUGUUCUGCAUUUUCAUCAAAACUAGUGCUGUCCAUAUCCAUUGGACUAAUUGUCAGGUGGAAUUCUAAUGAUGCCAUGGUAUAAAUAUAGAUGCUUAUAUUGGGUAUGUGGCAUUUUCCCUUUGUGAUGAACAAGAGUGUCUAGAGCAUUCUGUCCUGUCUUUGUAUAAAGAGCCGUUUAAUUUCUGAAGUAAGGUAUCUGUUUUCUGUAAUUCUAAUGGUGUGCUUUCAGAAUAGUCACAUACUGGCACAUAAAGCUCAUGGUUUAGAUCAAGAUGUGUAAUUGAGAAGCUUAAAAAUAGCGGUACAAUUUACAAAAGAUUCCAUUUUGUAUCUUUUUCAAUAAGGAAUGAGAGGAGAUCCAAUAUUUUGAAACUGAACAUUUUACUGCACCACCAAUGCAAGAAAACCUCUCAGGCCCAACCUUUAGGCUCCAGCAUUAUGCUGGAACAACUGGGCGGUUAUUUAAUUUUAGACUCAGGAAAUGUCAUCUGCACGCUCCAUAAUGUGCAUGAUCAUUUUUAUUCUAAAUGGAGUAAAUCAGUUAGCUUCAUUUGGGACUCCUCUAAUUCAUUUAGUUGCAGAUAGACUUGACUCUCUGAUUCCAAGUCUUGCUCAAUGCUUUGUUUUCAACCUAAACUUAAUCAUUUAAUAUCGCCAGUGAAGUAACACAAAUGCACAUGAAAGUUUGAUCAAAUGUUUGGACUGUUUCAGCAUCUGUUUACAUUGGGUGGCUGCACCUGUAGGACAUUGCUUUAAAAAAUGGUUCAUACUUUAACAUUUGGGGGAAAUGAACAUGGAAAAUUUCCAGUUUCAAGCAAAAUAGUACUGUUUUGGUCAUUUGAGUUUGAAUUCAAAGCACUUUGCUUUUACUCCAUAUUUACCAUCAAUUUAGCAUCUUAAAUCAUGCACUGUUUAAUCUAUACAAGACAUGAUUAUAUAGAGUUAAGGAGCAGAAAUGACUGUUGUGACUGAGGCCCAAGUAGUGGUUACCAACACAAUUCAGUCCUGAACAAACUUAUUUUAUUAGAACAUUAGAAUUAAUUCAUUGUCAGUGUAGUCCAAAAGAAACAAAACUAACCCUAACCCUAACCCUAACACUACCUGACUCUGUGGUCUCUUCCCAAAAUCCCCAAAGCUUCAUCCAAAAACUAUCUACCAUUAACCUUACCCCAUUCCUAAGAGGUCUGUAAGGGGCGUGCAUAAGUGCACAAUCGUGCCUACCGUUCCUGUCCUAUUGUUUCCUUUCGUUAUAUCCAAUUAAUAUAGUUAUUACAUACUCAUACUCAUAUAUAUGCUUAUAUAUUGUAUAAUUAUUUCAUGCUUAUGCUUAUAUAUACUGUGUGACUAAAUAAAUAAAUAUCCUUCAUAAACAGUC